GUGCUUUGGGAGGCCCUCCUGCUUACUCCCUGUGUCCAUUUCUCCCGGCCAGAGCCUGGCUACCCAGUGGCCCCGCUGCUCCCAUGGAUCCGCUGAACCUGUCCUGGUACGAUGACGAUCUGGAGAGCCGGAACUGGAGCCAGCCCUUCAACGGGUCCGAAGGGAAAGCCGAGAGGCCCCACUACAACUACUACGCCAUGCUACUCACCCUGCUCAUCUUCGUCAUCGUCUUCGGCAACGUGCUGGUGUGCAUGGCCGUGUCCCGCGAGAAGGCGCUGCAGACCACCACCAACUACCUGAUCGUCAGCCUCGCUGUGGCCGACCUCCUGGUGGCCACGCUCGUCAUGCCCUGGGUGGUCUACCUGGAGGUGGUGGGUGAGUGGAGAUUCAGCAGGAUUCACUGUGACAUCUUUAUCACUCUGGAUGUCAUGAUGUGCACAGCAAGCAUCCUGAACCUGUGUGCCAUCAGCAUUGACAGGUACACAGCCGUGGCCAUGCCCAUGCUCUACAACACGCGCUACAGCUCCAAGCGCCGAGUCACCGUCAUGAUCACCAUCGUCUGGGUCCUGUCCUUCACCAUCUCCUGCCCGCUGCUCUUCGGACUCAACAACACAGACCAGAACGAAUGCAUCAUCGCCAACCCCGCCUUCGUGGUCUACUCCUCCAUCGUCUCCUUCUACGUGCCCUUCCUCGUUACCCUGCUGGUCUACAUCAAGAUCUACAUCGUCCUCCGCAGGCGGCGCAAGCGGGUCAACACGAAGCGCAGCAGCCGGGCUUUCAGGGCCAACCUGAAGGCCCCGCUCAAGGGCAACUGCACUCACCCUGAGGACAUGAAACUCUGCACCGUUAUCAUGAAGUCUAAUGGGAGUUUCCCUGUGAACAGGCGGAGAGUGGAGGCUGCCCGCCGAGCCCAGGAACUGGAAAUGGAGAUGCUCUCCAGCACCAGCCCGCCCGAGAGGACCCGGUACAGCCCCAUCGCGCCCAGCCACCACCAGCUGACCCUCCCCGACGCAUCCCACCGCGGCCUCCACAGCACACCUGACAGUCCUGCCAAACCAGAGAAGAACGGACAUGCCAAAGACCACCCCAAGAUUGCCAAGAUCUUUGAGAUCCAGUCCAUGCCCAAUGGCAAAACCCGGACCUCUCUCAAGACCAUGAGCCGCAGGAAGCUCUCCCAGCAGAAGGAGAAGAAAGCCACCCAGAUGCUUGCCAUUGUUCUUGGCGUGUUCAUCAUCUGCUGGCUGCCCUUCUUCAUCACCCACAUCCUGAACAUACACUGUGACUGCAACAUCCCGCCCGUCCUGUACAGCGCCUUCACGUGGCUGGGCUAUGUCAACAGCGCCGUGAACCCCAUCAUCUACACCACCUUCAACACUGAGUUCCGCAAGGCCUUCCUGAAGAUCCUACACUGCUGACCCAGCUGCCCUCCUGCACAGCAGCCUGCUUCCCAACUCCCUGCCCAGCGGCCCUGCCUCGGGCCCUGGGAGCCGUGGGCAGGGGGGCGCAGGGCAGACUCGGCCUCCUCCUCGCCCGCGGGCCCUGCGGCGUUAGCUUGGCUCCACGGCCCUCACGGACCGCACACCCUCGCUCUGCCAGGGCAGUGCUAGAGAGCCAGGCACGGUGCCAGCCCUCGGGCCGGACCCCUGGCUCAGGGGCAGCUCAAGGAGCCCCCUCCCACUUCCAGACCCUCUCUCCUUGGCACCAAAGACACAGCCGCCUUCUCUGACCUUUCUCUGGGGCUCUGGGGUUACUGGGCCAGUGUCAAAGCUCAGAGGCCAUGCUGGCCUGGUCUUCACAGGCCUGUGCUGGAGCGGGCAGUGGGGAGCCAUGGACAGUUCACACCCCCCAAGGCCUACACCAGGGAAGCCAGAGCUCUUGCCAAGGCCCCAGGCAACUUCAGGCCAGGGAGACCCAUGUACAUACCAGGUCUGGAUGGACCCCAGAGAAACCCAAGCCAAAAACUUCACCCCUUCUCCCCGUCGAGCCUGGCAGGAGCUGCUACUUCCAUCCACAGCAGUGGGUCCCGACCCCACCCAGCUCCCCGUGAGGUUUCUAUACUCCAAGAGCCCAGGAGGGUCUGCGGGGAGAGGACCGCCCCUACCCCAAGUCCAAUCUGCUGACCCCCUGACGGACGUGGGUGUCUCUCUGUAGCACAUGUUGGGCCAACCUGGGAGAGCUGGCAGGGAAGGCGGGCACCUGACAUGGCUGGGGCUUGGUUGGGGGUGUCUGAGGUCCUUUGGGAGACUGGCCCUGACACCCUCUGCCACAAACCACGUCCUUUUCUCUUCCUUUUGCCUCUCCGCUCUCCAGUCCUCUUGUCCCCUUUUCUUUCCACUGCUUCCGCCUUAGAGGAGCCUAUGGCUAAGUGGCUGCUGAAUACCGUUCGGCCUGCCCUGGCCCUGCCACAGGGAGGAGGGGAAGCUGCAGCUUGGGGGAGCCCCCAGGCCCCAAACUCUGUAACAUCACUACACAU